AUGGCCUCAUUGUCCAACUCCUUCUUCGCGGUCGUCGCAGGCGUCGGUGCCGGAACAGGCGGUUCUGUAGCAAAGCUCUUCGCCAAGGCCUACCCGGUCGUCCUCCUCGCCCGCCGCGAGGAAAGCUACAAGGACAUCGUCACCGAGAUCAACAGCUCAGGCGGCCGCGCCAUCGGCAUCCCCACAGACCUCGCCUCCGCCGCCGCCGUCGAGAAUGCCUUCAGCACCAUCAAGAAGGAGUUCCCCGACAAGAAACUCGCGGCCGCCAUCUACAAUGUCGGCUCGGGGUAUGCCAACAAGCCCUUCCUGGAGCUGAAGCCCGAGGACCUGGAGGCGAGCCUGGGCGGGAACGCCCACGGCCUCUUCAACUUUGCACAGUAUGCCCUGCCCCUCCUCCUCGAGUCGGUGGAGUCAUCGCCACACCCGCCAUCGCUCAUCGUCACGGGCGCCACGGCCUCGGUGCGCGGAAGCAACAAGUUCGCCGUGUUUGCGGCGGGCAUGUUCGCGAGGCGAGCGUUGACACAGAGUCUUGCACGUGAGUUUGGGCCCAAGGGCGUGCAUGUUGCUCAUGCCAUCAUCGACGGCGUGAUCGAUAUCCCGCGCGUGGCCGAGCUCAAGCCGCGCAUCAACAAUGGUGCUCCGGACGGACUGCUGAGCCCGGAUGCGAUCGCAGAGGGCUACUGGUGGCUACACACGCAGCCCAGAUCCACCUUUACUCAGGAGAUCGAUAUGCGCCCAUAUGUUGAGAAAUUUUAA